AUGGCGCCACUGGUUCUCUCAGGCUUGGUUUGCACGCACGCCGCCUGGACUGCUGAGCCGAGUCAGCUCUCCUGGGCCUGGGGUCUGCCCUUAAAGAGCCAACCUUGGUGGCUCAAGGCGAUCCUGUGGAUUCCAAUGGGCCUCUUCCAGGGCGUGAUCGUUCUGCUCGCAUACGACGAGUAUUUGGACCGCCAGGAGCGCCAACAGCACGGGCAAUCCCACCAACAUCGCGAGACGUCGGCCUGGAACCGGUACCACUGUAAGGCUGUGGCGGCUUUGUGCGAGGGGCUGCCGGCCAUCACCGUCUUAGCCUGCGCCUGGUGGAGUUUGAACUAUCCACCCGAGCAUCCGCUCAUGAAGAUGUCCUGGCACUUUGAGCGUCCCUUUCUGGGGACUCUGGGAAUCAUCCUUUUCAUCUCUGCCGGAUCCGGCAUGGUGGAGCUGGACUUUUGCUGCUCGGGCGCGGUGGCGCGAGAGAUGCGCAAGUCGCUCAGGUACGAGAUGCUCCACUUGCUCUUUCGCUUCUGUGAGGUUCUGAGUCGAACAGUGAUGAUGGUGGCCUUUGUUGUGACCACUCGCCAUUUGGUCUCUUGGUGGUGGUGCCCGGCAGCAUCCAACAUCAUCUUCACGUACCUUCUCGUGCUUUACCAUGGAGGUGACGAAUGCCGAUCAUCUGUACGACUGCUCUGCAGUAUACCCUGCGCAUGGGUCAAUCUGUUCUUCUUUGUGGACUCGCCGUACAAGCGGCGAGCAGCACGGAAGAUCUCCAGGUGGUUGGACAUCAAGUUUCUCCUGGAGGUUAUCAUUCUGCCCCUCCUCGUGGUUUCGGCAGCUGCUGCAGCCGGGGACCGGGCAUGGAAGGACAUGAAGAACAACGUCUACAUGCACAGCUUUAUGUUUUCGAGUAUGGCAGCUUGCCUCUGUGGCUACUUCUGCUUGUGGGUGUGGCUGCAAUGCACCAUCGUCCGACAGAUCAAUCUGAUCGACAUCUACACUGCGGCAGAGAAUGGUAACACCCAAGAAGUGAAGGAUGUUAUGGAGAAGCUGGUGGAAGAGCUGAAGGAGUUGACCCGCAGCGCUUCAGCCGACAUCGACGUGAACAGGCCCGAUGUGGAUGGCAACACUCCCUUGAUGCUGGCAACGCGCCAGGGGCAUGCGGAGGUCUGUGAAUGCCUUCUUCAAGCUGGUGCUUUGGUGAGUACCAGGCAUUCUGGAAAGCGGUCCCAUCCACGGAACUUCUUCACUCGUCCUGCCCAGCGGGGGUGGACCGCGCUGCACGUGGCUGCAUGGCAGGGCGAGGAUCGCGUGGUCCGAGCUUUGCUGGAAGGCGGGGCCUUGGAAGAGGAAGGUGUUGACUAUGUGGACCUUUAUGGCGAAACGCCUUUGCAUGUGGCCACGCGCUAUGGGAACCUGGAGGCCGCCCGGCUGUUGGCGUUGGCAUGUCCGAGAUGGACGGCGACCUUGGACUUUCGGGGGAAGAGGCCCUGCGAUCUGGCUCGAUCUGAGGGCCUCCGCAUGUCCUUGGCGCAAAGUUGGGACUCCUGGGACCCCCUACAGUUCCAGGCCCAGGCGCAGGCAGCAGCAGAGGAGCUGAACUUGCCCGCCUGGAGGAACCCACCACGUCGACCGAACGGCCAAGAAGAUUGGUGCUCCGUGCCACUACACAUCUCGAGGAACAAGGAGCUGCUAGUGGCGCCAGGCUUAUGCUCGUAUAUCGCAGCGAGCUGCGGCGGGGCCCUGGGGCGGCUUUGCCUCACAAAACCAGAGGUCCGAGAAGUCCAGAACCAACCCGAAGAAGAGCGGCUGAAACUGGAGGACCUGGUGCAGAUUGAUCCCUUCGGCCGCGAGGUGUGUUACUUCGGCCGUGAGCUAAGCCCAUGGCAGAAUGCUCCCGCGCUGAUCGGCGAGGGCCGCUUCGGGGAAGUCUUCCGCGCGAAGCAUCGGCAGAGUGGCUCAUGGUACGCGGUUAAGGUUUUCAAGACACAACAGCGGCCUGUCGCUCCGGAGGUGGUAAGAGAGUGCGAGGUGGGGACGCAUGUCCGUCAGACUCCGCAUCCCUGCAUCGUUCGUCUCCACAUGGUGAACCUGGACGACGUAGGACUCUACACUCUUGUGAUGGAGUUCUGCCAUACAAAUCUCCUGCAGCAGCUUCGUCAAGCCAAGCGGGGACGCGGAGCGGCUUUUAGGCCUCCGUCACAGACUCUCGACUGGGUGGGUCAGAUCUUCCUCGGCCUGGAGCACAUGCAUCACAGGCUCAACACCAUGUUCCGGGACUUGAAGCCGGAAAACGUAGUCUUGGACGGCCAACUCUGCUGCAAGCUCGCCGACUUCGGUGCUGGACGUUUGGGCCCGUCUUCUGGGACGUUCUCCUUUGGGCAUCCGGCAGGUAGCCCUGGCUACAUUGCGCCUGAGGUCCUUGGCGGGAUGCCACACGAUGAGGGUGCUGACCUCUACUCGCUGGGAGUGCUGGCGUGGCUGCUUUUCACUGGCGGGAUGCCAAACGAGGUGCCACCCAUGGCGGGCCGAGCCGAGUGGCAGGCACACCUCUAUGACUGGACACUGUUGGACCGCUGCAUUCGCGACAACUUUCCUCCAUUCCAAGGAAUGGAGUCGGCUGGGCCAGACCAGGCCAGUGAGGCGCGGCAAUUCGUGGACUUACUCAUCAAGCCCCCGACAGCCCGCAUGAGGCACGGGCAGAUUCGGCACCACCCGCUGCUCCUGCCGCAUCUUGGCAACAUGAAGAUGUCGGACCAAGCCCUGCCCUUUCGCAUGAUGUUCGUCAACCCACGCGAUGCCGUUCUGAACAACUUCAUAUGCGAAUGCAAGGGUGACUCCCUGAUGACGAGUGCGUGGAGUGAUUGGGUCACCUGCACCGAAAAUAAGGCUGCCAAUGAGCUGGGCCUGACGCCUCACAGGCUUGCUGUCGGGUGCCACUGCGGCUGCGCUUUGUUGACAAUGCUGGCAGAGCGCAUCGCAGGCAUGAUGGACAACUUGAGGGAUGAGAUGGUUUCCAUGGUGCGAGAUCAAGAACAAAGUGGUUGUUUGAUCACCGAGCUGCAACACCAGCUCAAGACGCAAACAAUGAAAGUGCAAGACUUGGAGAAGGAAAUUGAGGAGCUCAAAGGGCUUCUUGCUUCCUUGAACGCUCCACACACUCCGGACAGUCAAGAGACACGAACCCCGCCAUGCCAAGAAUCGCAAGACCAUUCCGAAUCUGAACACAGUGAGGCAGCAGAGCCUCGUCCUUCCUACAUCGCGAAGCUCCUUUUGCAGCAGGUUUUCUUUCGAGUAGCGAAGUCUGACAAGGGUGAGGAGUCCAAGGAAGGCAAAGAACAGGUAAAACAUCAGAUGAAUGAAAGCACAGUCAAGGGCCACGACGUUACCCAAUGGAGGUGCGUGUGGCGACAGGGCAUGGAUGUGAGACACGGCCCCUUUGUGGCACGCAAUCGAAUCGUUGGAUUCUUGAAGUGUGGCCAGGUUUUCACGGUGUCCCAAAAGAAGCCAGGCCAGGAGGGCACAGUUUUCCUGAAGUUGGCCGAUGGAGAUGGAUGGGUCUUUACCCAGAGCCGUGCAGGCACGUUCUGCGUACCGGCCGGCGAUGAAUGGCAGAGUUGGCGAAGUGAAGACCGCGCUUGGAAGGGUCAGGGCCAUGGCUCCUGGAGCCGAGAAUCUUGGCAAGAACAUGAACGCCCGAAGACCAACUGGUCAAGCUCUUGGAUCUCCCAAAGCACGCCCUCCAGCUCCUGGACGAAGGAUGAUUGGGGACAGGGCCACCGCGAUGAGGAGGAAGUGGCCAAGUUCCUCAUGAAAGGACCUCUCCAAUGGCAAGGUUGCCCUCGCAGCUCCGCAAGACAGCGACGUUUUAUGGCUUUAUCGAUUGAGGCAAGUGCCAAUGCCCUCGGCUUGCUGAUGCGUCACAUCCAUCAGGUGGUUCUCGACCUUGCAGAGCAAAGAGGAGCCACGAACAGGGCCAGGGACGUCGGCUUGCGGAGCAAAGGCAGUCGCCGCAGUUGCCAACGCGACACCAACCGCUUUGGAAAGUGUUGGCUUCGCAGUGGAGGCCGCUGCUAUGCGCAAAGGGCAUCCAUCGCUUUGGGGGAGACCUUGCUGCACAUGGUGGAUGCCAGCACGCCUCCCAUUUCACCUGUGCCCGGAUCAAACGUCGGGUCAAAUCUGGGCUCAGAUGCGGACGAUGCAGGCUCAGACGAAUCCGAAGCUUCACCAAUCUCGCCGAGAAAGGAAGUCUUGGAGCUUUCCAAUGUGCGCGUUGAGGCUUGGCUAGCUAGAGAAGCGAGAGCACUCGGGGAACCGGGCGAAGACGCCAGCGCUCAGGGUGGGCAUUUCACCUUUGGUGCAGAGGAGGCGAGAGCUCUCAGAGGCGAGAAAGUGCAGACGGUGACGAUGAAAUCGAGCAAGUGUUCCAAAUGUGGGCAGCAAGUUGGGCUCUUUUUGGCAUUUCGAAGCUUCGAAGAUGUUUGGGCUUCGCCCUACCACCUCUUCAUGGCCCAGCAUUUUCUGGACCGACGGACCCACUGCGAAAUGCAGUUCGGGAUGAUUGGCAUCUCGGUUCACAAUACUCGUGGUGAACGGAAAACACGGAUGAGCUUCGAGUUCCCCGAUGUCUUGGCGUUUGCAAGCAUCCGUGGCAGGAGCUUGCUAAGUUCCGGGCCAACCUCCUACUGGACUUGCGUGAAGAGUUGGCUGAUCUUCGAGGCCAGCACGUGUGUUCCCAGAAGUCGGCAAGCACUGCGCGCGCUUCCCGUUGCGUUUCUGGAGGAGAAUGGUGCAAUGAAACCGGACAGAUUCUACGAGAAGGCACGUAGAGACACUGCCAGAUUAAAGCGGCGAAAGCAGCCGAAGCUGGACGUUCUGCUGCCGAAAUCCGCGAGUUUGGCCUCAUCUCCUCCGGCCUCGACAAUGCCGAGGUCAGACAACAGCGUCUUGGCCUUGGCGGUGGAGGACUUACCAUGCACUCCCAAGCGCUGCAAAGGACCUCGGAUGGGAGGAUAUGGCUACUCCCGAGAAAGUAGCCCUGUUCAACGGCCCUGA